AUGAGUAACACAACAAAUGGUACCACGCCAUUCGCACCUUUCCUUAAGUUUAUCAAUGAUUUGAAUCGUAAUUACACUUCCAUUCCUUACGAGGAAAAGAUGGAGAUGACCGUGCUACAAAGAGCUAAGUUAUACAAUUGGUCCUUCGAAUUAUUUUUCAUUGGUGUUGUGGUGUUUAUCUUUAUCGUCAAUAAGGUUGGUACCUCUGUCAAUGUAUCCCGUGCUGAUAAGAUGUUUAACUCGGUUCAUGCAUUUUUAAAAGAUGAGUUGAAAUUUGCUCGUGUUGGUUUCACUGCCCAAGGUAGUGAAAAUAGAUUGUACAUGGACCAGCAUUUGCAUACUUGGUUAACAAGUUUCUCCACUGGUCGUUCAUGUAUCGAAGGUAUCAAUGUUCAUUUACAUUUAUUCCCUCGUAACAAUCCAUUGUCUAUGUUUUUAGAAAAUGUAAUGGGUUGGUAUUUCCCAAUCCUAGCUAUGGAUACUGAUGCUGAAUUCUGUGAAAUUGAAAUUAAACCAAAUGGUGUUUUUGUAGGUAGUGAAAAUGCUAACGUUAACAGUAACAGUAACGAAGUCUUAAACAACUUCAAGUUUAUUUCCUCCAUAGUCAACAAGGCUUUUAUGAAUCAAUCUCGUCAUGAUAAUUAUUAUUUGGCCUUGACUCAUACUACUGAAGGCGACGAUUUACCAAACGAAUAUGUCUACAUGUCUGAAAUGAAUCAAUUGAACGGUUUCAUCACUUCCUAUUGCAAGAAGGAUGCGUUGAACAACUUAUUGAAUCAGACAGUAGAUCUUUUGGAAUUUAUCAGUUUCACUGAUUUACCAGCUGAUAAACCUGAGAAUACUUCCGUUUGGAACGCUACUAAGAAGAUACGUUGUGUCAUUCGUACUCAUGUACCAACGAAUGAGAAAGAGCUUGUAUUAUUAAACCAAUUGAUCGGUUUGGUAGUUGAAAUAUAUGAUAAUUACACUCGUACUUUGGUUCAAAAGAACGAAACCUCCUUCAUUACCAACGAUAUGUUAAAGAAGGCCAAUAAUAUGCGUACUAUUGAAUUGGGUAAGAUCACUAAGAUAGCUAGAGAGGCAGCUUUGGAGAGAGAAAAGGAAGAAAAGAAAGAAGCUGAGAAGGAAAAGAGACGUAAUUUAAAGAAGACUGGUGAACAAGAGAAGAUUGAUCAAAAGAUGAAGGAAAAGAGAGAAAGACGUCAAAAAAACAAACAAAAGGUUAGAAUGUAA